GUUUCAGAGGAUGUGAUGUGUUCAUUCAGCUGAUUGCUAAAAUUUGUUGAGCGGAUGCGAUGCUUAGACGGUUGGGCUUAUCCUCCUUAUGGAAACCGAAAAAUCCGCAUUCGAUGGAAUAUUUAAAAUAUUUACAUGAAAUACUUCGCAAGAACGAGCAGGUUACAGAGAAUAAUCGAAAGUUGCUGGUGGAAUGCCUGAGAGCAAUUGCUGAAAUUCUGAUUUGGGGUGAUCAGAACGAAAGUUCUGUUUUCGAUUUUUUCUUAGAACGACAAAUGUUGGAAUAUUUCCUCUCCAUAAUGAAACAAAACUGCGGAUCCUUUAUCUGUGUUCAAUUGUUGCAAACGCUCAACAUUUUAUUCGAAAAUAUACGGCACAAGACUUCUUUAUAUUACUUGCUCAGCAAUAACCAUGUUAAUUCAAUCAUCACAUAUCAUUUUAAUUUUGAAAAUGAGGAGAUCAUGGCCUAUUAUAUAUCCUUUCUGAAAACGCUUUCCUUCAAGCUUAAUGCGUGUACAAUACAUUUCUUUUUCAAUGAGCCUAAUCAGGACUUUCCAUUGUACACAGAAGUCAUCAAAUUUCGAAAUCAUUGUGAAGCUAUGGUACGCAUUGCGGUACGAACUACCACACUGAACAUAUACAGAGUGGAAGACGAAGCAAUGCGAAGCUUUGUUCGUGCUCACUCCCGGGUUUACUUUUGUGCGUUGAGCGAUUUUAUUGCUAGACAGUCGAUUGAAAUCGAUCAUUUCGCUCGGUCAGCUGAAAAUGAAUCCAGCAAUCGCAAAAGACUUGAUGCUAUGAUUGAUGAUUACCUUGAUUAUAUGCAUUACCUCAACGAUAUUUUGCUUGUGAAAGAUGAAAAACUUUCUGCUGUGCUUAUCGAAGUGGUUUUUGAAAGACUACUGGGGUCACUCUAUCUUUCAUCUCUUGGCAAUAUUCGUUUCCAUCCCACCGCUGCUAUUUUAACACCAGUUUCUACUCUUUUCUUCCUUGCUCAAUUUCUGCUGAUUGUCGAUGAUUUUCAGGCGGUACAAACACUUUUGUCGUCGUUCUUUUUCGGUGAUGGUUCGGAUGUGGAGUAUCAGUGGAUUCGUAAUGAAAAAGCAACGUGGAUUCUUACGAAUAUGAAGGCUAGAGACAUUGAACCAAGGGCAUUUUUUAACGGUUAUGUGAAUGCGCUGAUUUGUUCGAAACAUGAUCAUUCGGCUUUUUAUGGACUUAUUUUCAUUUAUGCCCUUUGUCAGAACAAAGGAGCAAGAAGAGAAAUUUUGGAAGCUGUACAGUUCACUUCCGAUAUCGUUGAUCCUUCCGGUCAUAAUUUCCUGAACGGAUUGCUGGAUAUCAUUACCAGAAGUGCUGAAAAAGACGCGUUUAUCCGUACAAUAACAGUUGAAUUAUGCUGUAUUGUCUUAAGGCAGCUCUUGUUGGUCAUGGAUGCAUCUGUAGAUGCGCAAGUAGAAUGUGAAAGAAGAGCCGAAAAAGUUAUAGCAAAUCUUGUUAGCCUGCUCACACCAUAUGUUUACUCGGAAGAAUUGUUUUUGGAAAUGUUUGAAGAUGAGUUCUAUAAUUUUGAGCGGAAUAAAAUCCAAAUUGGAAGUAUCAGUACUGAUCCAUCACUUUUGCUCCCUCCUCUUAAUACACCACUGAAUGGUGUGUCGCUUAAUAAGCGCCUUCCAUGCGGCAAUGAGGAACGAAUUCGAAAGAAUAUCCAGCUGUUUUUCCAUUUGAGGCACUUUGCGUUAGAUCUGCGUGAUGAGGAAGAAAUGCGUUUACCGAUAUCAUCUAAAACUGAUGUGUUUGUUGAAAUAAACGAUUGUAUUAACCUCGAAAACAGUGAUUUGCUUGCUUGUACGGUUGUUACGAAUGAGAAGAGUGAAAAAGUCCAUCGAUUCCUUGUUACGGAUCAAGCGCAGUUGAUAUUGGUAGAGCCAGAUAACAAGCGUAUGGGAUGGGCCGUUGUCCGUUUUGUUGGUCUUUUACAAGACACUCAAUUAACGGGUGACCUUGGAGAUGGUCGUGCUCUUCAUAUCAUUGUUAAUGAUGCAAGCAAUCGUUCAGAAAUAAACGAUACGGUUUACUUUAAUGCAAAGUUUUUAUUUGAUGAUCAUAUCCGAUGUAUGGCUGCGAAACAACGCCUUACCAAGGGUAGACAGAUGGCAAGGCAGUGUAAACUGGAUCAGAUUUGUGAUUUGUUCGGAAUCGCACGCAAGGCUUCUACAUGGCGAAAUAAUAAGAAUCCAUUUCGGAUAGUUAAAGGUUGUCCACCCGGAUCAUUACGAAGACAACCACAAGUAAACAGUCCAUGUAGCAGCGGAUCAUCCAGUGCUUCAUUAAAUAUUGUUCCAGAUGAUCCUGAACACGGUCCAGGUCCUUCAGCAAAUAAAGAUUGGAAAGUAGAAGAUAUGUAAAUCCAAGAUUGUGUAAAUGUUAUCAUGUUAAUUGUACAUCAGUGCUAUUUAUUUUAUUAUUAUUUUGCGUUCUUUAUUUGGCAAGGUGUGUCAUUUAUGUUGGUAAGGUCCAUAACAACUUAUUACUUAGUUUUCAUAUGAAAUUUAUACGGUGUCCAUAGUUUCUUCAUAUGAAUUUAUAUUUAUGAGAAAUGUUUUUCAGAGAAAUUAGCUUGGCAACAUCUAAAUCCAUUUCGAUGGAUUUCAGUUACAAGUUGUUUAUAAUAAUAUUGUUUAGAUUGUAAUUUGUUUUGUGCAUUAGUUCGGACUUGAACCAUAUGUCAG